AUGUGGAACAGAAGAUUGAUUUUACAGCCAGCCCAAGAUGCAAUUAAGGAGAGAGGACACUGGGGCAGCAAGUUGGAGUUUCUUCUGGCUGUUGCUGGGAACAUAGUGGGCCUGGGCAACGUAUGGAGGUUUCCAUACUUGUGCUAUAAAAACGGCGGCGGUGCAUUUUUGGUGCCGUAUUUUGUGUUUGCGGCGACAUGCGGUGUACCGCUCUUCCUUAUGGAGACCACCAUGGGCCAACACACCCAAGAGGGGGGCAUCAGCUGCUGGAGGAAAAUGUGCCCACUGGCGGAAGGUAUCGGCUAUGGUGGGCAACUGAUCAUUCUGUAUAGCUGCAUGACCUAUAUUAUUAUUCUGGCCUGGGCUCUCUUCUACCUUGUGUUCUCCUUCAACUCUCCACUACCCUGGAGCACGUGCGACAAUUACUGGAACACAGAAGAUUGUGUGGAUGUUGCAACAAUGAACCACACGAACUACACCAAAGGAACCUCAGCAGCAACAGAAUUCUGGGACGUUUUUUUUUUUUUUUUGUGCAAACACCUCUUGUUGAAAAUUUCAGGCGGUAUUAAGGAGAUUGGCAGCAUCAGGUGGGAGGUCCUACUGUGCCUCCUGGCUUUGUGGGUCAUUUGUUACUUUUGCAUAUGGAAAGGAGUCAAAUCAACCGGAAAGGUUGUGUAUUUCACCGCCACGUUCCCUUACGUGAUGCUCCUGAUUCUUCUGAUCAGAGGGCUCACUCUUCCGGGAGCAAGACAAGGAGUGGAGUUCUACCUUCUGCCCGAGCUGUCGCGACUUACAGACAGUCAAGUGUGGAUGGACGCUGGUUCACAGGUCUUCUUCUCGUACAGCAUCUGUUGUGGAACCCAGGUUGUACUGGGCAGCUACAACACUCACAGCAACAAUUGCUACAAGGACUGCUUAUGGCUGUGUUUACUGAAUAGUGGUACGAGCGUAGUUGCUGGCUUUGCAGUCUUCUCAGUGCUAGGAUUCAUGGCUCAGGAGCAAGGUGUUUCUAUCGCAGAGGUAGCUGAGUCAGGUCCAGGAUUGGCAUUCAUCGCGUACCCUCAGGCAGUAGCCAUGAUGCCCCUGCCUCAAGUUUGGUCCAUAUGCUUCUUUGUCAUGAUCAUCCUCUUGGGCUUGGACACACAGUUUGUCGGCAUGGAGGUGGUGAUUACAUCCUUCUCGGACAUAUUUCCAAAAGUGAUGCGUAAGGCGGGCAGGCAGGAACGUUUCGUCUUGCUGUUCUGCCUCACGUGUUUCUUUUUGCAGCUCAUCAUGAUCACUGAGGGAGGGAUGUAUAUCUUCCAGAUUUUCGACUACUAUGCUUGCAAUGGAGCCUGCAUCCUAUUUCUGUGUGUGUUUGAAACCUUGGCAGUGGGCAGGAUAUUUGGAGCAGAGCGACUGUGCUGCAUCAUCACGGACAUGACAGGCGAACGUGCCAAUCCGUUCUUCAAAGUCUGCUGGCUCUACCUGACCCCUUUGGUUUCAUUGGGCUCUUUUAUAUAUUCUCUAGUUGAGUACAAGCCACUGACAUUCAACCGAUGGUACGUGUACCCUACCUGGGCCUAUGUGAUGGGCUGGAUGAUGGCUCUCUCCUCUAUCCUGCUGGUGCCAUUCUGGGCACUGUUCAAGCUGAGUACAGUCACCGGAACCUUCAGUCAGCGUCUCCGUCAAUUGUGCUGGCCCGAGCCUCCAGGUGGCACGCAGGACAAGAAAACAAAGCGAGCGAGAGCAUUGCAGCACAUCACUGAGGAGGACCUCCAAUGA